CUGCGUAUGAGCGAUCAGUCUUUGUCAGUCCGGCAACAUGGCCGCCAGCUGUUCAGUGUUGUGCAUCAUUUUGCUAAUUGUGCAAAUUAAAUGCAACACAAUAUUCUUAGAAAUGAACACACCUACACCUGAAGAGGCGAGUUUCCUGAGGAGAUACGGGUACUUGCCAGAGGUGCAGGGCGAUAUAGGUUUCUCAUACACGCCGCAGUCGAUAGCGGAGGCUGUCAAAAAGAUGCAGCAGUUCGCAGGACUACCGGCAACAGGGAAUCUCGAUGAAGAAACGAGGAGCUUGUUUAAGAAGAAGCGUUGCGGUGUUAAGGACAUAGAGAACAGUCCCAGGUCCCGCAGGUACAUCCUGCAGCAGGGAUGGGGGAAGAAAGCCAUUACUUAUAGAGUGUUGAACGGUUCGAGUACGUUGGAGAGAGAGCGCGUGCGGGCUCUGAUGGCGCUGGGGCUGGCGGUGUGGGCGCCACACGGGGGGCUGCACUUCAAGCAGUUGGACGAAGGACAUGCUGACAUACAAGUCUCUUUCGCCAGCAAGGACCACGGGGACGGGUUUCCUUUUGACGGGCCAGGUCGCGUGGUCGCGCACGCGUUCCCGCCGCCGCACGGCGCCAUGCACUUCGACGACGAUGAGGUGUGGGGCGACGGCGACAGCGAUGACGCCGCCGACGAUGACGUCACCGACUUCUUUGCAGUCGCCGUGCACGAGAUCGGACACGCGCUCGGACUCUCGCAUUCCAACGUGAAGGCCUCCGUCAUGUACCCCUACUACCAGGUCCCGGUCGAAAAGCUGCAUAUGGACGAUAUAUUAGGCAUGCAGGAGCUCUAUUUGAAGGAGGAGUUACCGAGUUCUGGUGAAAGUACGGAGCGCGCGUCGCAGUCUUCGCUGGCGCCGCACUUCACACAGACCGCCGAUAGCCGCGAAGAGGACCUGCCCGACCUCUGCCUCUCGCACUACGACACCAUACAGGUCAUAUACGACAAGAUAUACGUCUUUGAAGAAGAGUGGGUGUGGGUGUUCAGAGACCGUCGCGAGCUGGAGGAGGGCUACCCGCGCCGCAUACACGACGUGUUUAUCGGCCUGCCCAAACACGUGCAGUUUAUACGUGCCAUCUACCAGAAGAUAAACGGAAACAUUGUCAUCUUCUCUGGUCGUAACUACUGGGAGUUUAGCCGUCGCUUCCGGCUUGUGCGUCGCGGGCGCGCGGCCGAGUUCGGUCUGCCGCGACGUAUCGAGCUGACUACAGCCUUCCUCUCCAACUACAACAACCGCACAUAUCUUAUCAGCGACGACCAUUUCUGGCGCUACGACGAGCGACGUGACGCCAUGGACCGCGGCUAUCCCAAGCAUAUGGCGGCCUGGAGACGCAUACCUAGCCCGGUAGAGGCCGCCAUGGUGUGGAAAGGAGACACGUAUUUCUUCUGCGGGCCGCGUUUCUGGCGCUUCGACAACGAGCGUGUGGAGGCACACGCGUAUUACCCGCUGCCCACUGCGCAGAUCUGGUUCCCGUGUGAUUCCACGCCAGAGAUGAACAAAUACCUUACAAAUGACGAAUCUUAACAUGCAAACUUUACGCGCGGUUCACACUUGUCCAGUACAGUUAAGUAGCACUCAAUAACUGAACAGGCAAUCAAACUGUACUGGACACAUGUGAACCUCGCAUAAUCCGUCAUUUGCGCGUUUUACUUCACUCCAGUGAACCAGUGCAUUCAUGACGUUUUAACACAUGUCUUUUUAUUCAUUUUUAUUUUGUAUUUUUCGAUGUAAUUUUAUAUUAAGAUGUGAAUCAAAUAAAAUUAAGGAUAAUGUUUGCAGUUUUUUUUUCCUCAAUA